AUGUCUAUUUAUAGAAAAAUUGGAGCAUUUCGUUAUAUUAAUACUGGAAAAGAAAAUCAAUAUGAUGAACUUAGUGUGGGUAAAUGUACAAUACGUUUGAUCAAGGACAUUCGCACGUUGCGCGAAUGUGACGUCGAAACUCUGACUGAUAUUUUCUUUUCAUUAGUUUCAUUUGAUCCAAAUAACAGCAGACUGGCAUCUGUGCAAGGUGAAAUCCGCGUUGGCGGCUCUUAUCAGGCGAAGCUACCUGAGAUGGAAAAAGGUUCUGCAGUAGAUGAACCCGAUCGCGAUGAACUACUGUGGAGGCCAGGUUAUAUUAAUGAGGAAAGCGAGCAUGUUUAUAAGAGAGCGACACGAUCAUUCCGAAUGUUUGCAAUGGUGCGGAAUGAGCAAAUUACCCAAAUAGAGCGUGAUUUUAGAACAGGCGACUUGUGCAUGCAUGAUGCCGUAGUAACGUUGCACAAGUGUAAGUACAACGUGAAUUAUGCUAUUGAAGCUAUGAAUAAAAACGACGAGCGUAUGCUCAAGGUGACAAAUUUUAUGAGUGCUGAUGACGCUAAAAAAUUUGCUCGUGGAAUCAAAACUUAUGGAAAAAAUUUUUUAAAAAUCAAGAAAGAGUUACUACCACAUCAUCGAAGGGAUGAUUUAGUGCAGUUUUAUUACGGGUGGAAAAAGACUCGCGAUGCCACAAGGCCCAAGCCUUUGACACGACAGCGAAAUACAGCAGCUGCCUCACAUCGAAAGCCAAAGAACAAUCAGUUCAAGGCAUCUCGUCCUGGAAGUACUGAUUUAGCUGACUAUGCAUCAGCUAGCGAAGCUGAAAUGGAAGAACUAGAAAAUGAUGGUCGUGCCGCAGCUUAUGCUUGUCACCACUGUUACACUUCAAAAAGUAAAGAUUGGCAUCAUUCGGGAAAAGAGCGUCAAUUGCUUUGUACUGAAUGUCGCAUAUUCUACAAAAAAUAUGGGCAGUUACGUCCUGUUGAUCGACCAAGCACAGUCCCACCAUCUUUGUUCAAACCGAAAAGUCCUGAGGGCAACGAUGAUGAGGAACAAGGAGUAAGGACACGAGCAAAUAAAAAGGAAAGACGCGGCACAUCAUUAGAGAUGGACAAAAAAGUCAUCAUUUCACCAUUAGAUGGCGAUACAAAGCAAAAAAAUGGAAAAAGAAAACGAAAUCAUGCUCAGAAUAAUGACUGUGUAAAUAAUGGGAAUGCAAAAAAGCGCUGUACAAAAGGAGAGAAAGAUGAAGAUAUCGCUGAUGUACAGGAAGACGAUGAACCAGGUGUAAGUUGCGAAGAUCACAUUUGCGAGGAUUCUCCAAACACAAGAAAGACAAAUGAAGCAAUACCGUCUCCAAGUUCAGGAUCAGCUUCAAUUUCAUCAUCAUCGAAAUUAAGUUGUACUGUAGAGGAAAGAGCGCAUUGUCAAGAACAAAUACAGUCCUGUGCUGAAAUGUGCAGUGCAAGUAUCAAGCUGCAGCCAUCUCUUGUUGCUUCAACCAGUCAGUCAGUGAGUGAAAAGCCUCCUAUUUCGAAAAUUGUUAAACAUGAAAUGGAGGAAGCUGCGGAAAUAGCUAGUGAAUUGCCUAGUACGAGUUUUGCUAAACCAAUCCUUCCCGUUCCUCCGGAUGUAAGUCUUCGCUGUAAUUUGGAAAUGAAAACCGAAGAAGAAGAUUUAGAUGAUGGUUAUUGGACUGUAAGUGAUGCAGUUGCUGAAACUACAAAAAAUGCAUUACUUAUCAGAAUUAUUGACCGGCGAUGUGGUCAGAUGUGCGCCCGCACGGAUUUAGCUUUCCGUAUGAAACCUGGUUCAGAAUGGGAUAAAAAACGGGAAGCUAGAGCCGCACUCGAAAAUCAUUUGAGCAAUACACAGAAAAAGAUAAAUGAAACCUUACCUAAUCCGGUCACAGCAUCUAAAUUGCCAUCCACUCAACUGCCGAACUUACCGGGUACUCCUAAUAUUGAGGCAUUCAUGGGAGGUCGGGUUCCCAUGAACGGCACUGCACUAUCUGGAUUGCCGGGAAUGUUUCCAAGUAUUCCGGAUCCGAGAUUCGCUUUCCUUACUCCUCAGCAACAGUAUGCCAUUGCUGUGGAGCAGCAGGUAUUUCAAAAGCAGAUGGAACAACAGCUGCGGGCUCAUCAGCUAGAAAUGAUGCGAAGUGGCGCCAAUGGUACAGUGACGCCAGGUUCAGCAGCAGCUGUUGUUCGUGAUUCUCCAUCUCGUGGUCAUGCUUCUGCUGUGAACACGCAUGGAUAUCCUCCCAGUAUGAUCCAGCCUCAGUUUCAUAAUUUUGGUAUGGAUCCAAGAACUGUGACUGCAUUAAUGCAUAAUCCACAGCUUGCGGCACAGUUUGGAAUGGGUAUCGAUAGUCAUACUGCUGUGAUGAUGAGUGCCUUGGAGCAGAGGAAUAAUUUGGAACAACGCAUGCUCAGUAUGGCUGGCAUGGAGAUUUUAGCACCUGGUGGCAUACCAGGAUCUCAGACUCCACAAUCUCACAUCCAUCCACACGCUGCUGCGAUGAUGCAGCAUGCAGUGGCUACUCAUUCCGGAGAAACGAUUCAAUUUCAACAAUUGCUUGCAAUGUCGGCAGCGGCGCAGGCGCAGCGUCCCUUUUUAGAGCAAAAUGCUCUAUUACAAAUGACCAUGAUGAAUCCAUUCAAUAGUGAAUUAGGAUCACGAAUAGUGAAUCCUGGGUCAUUGAAUUCUGAUAUGAUGCGACGUUUGCAGCAAGAAGGUGGAUUCACCGCCACACAAAGGCCAUAA